AUGGGCGAGCAACUCUCCAAGAGAUAUUACGCUUCAACACAGUAUCUUCUCCCUGCGGACGAUGUUGAAACUAGAAGGUUGAACGCACAACAUAACAUAAUCACCAACGCAUUUGGAGGUAAACUAUCCGUAGCACCGACAAAUCUCGCAACCGGCGACCGUGUCCUGGAAAGUGCUGCAGGGAGUGGUAAGCCCGUCUAUCUGCUAUCUGUCGUUCUAUUCUAUGAUCCACAACUAACCCACAGAUCCCCAGGAAUCUGGGCACUUGAGUUUUUCGAGACGAACCGCGCGGACGGCAUCACACUUGAUAUAGAAUGCAUUGAUAUAUCUUCUGAACAGUUCCCCACCACCCAUCCACCGGAAAUCAAGUUUUCCGUUAACUCCGUCGUCAAUCUCCCAAAUCCCGAAUGGACCGAGAGAUUCUCUUUCGCCCAUCAACGCCUUUUGGUUGCUGCGAUGAACGACGCUCUUUGGCAUUUAGCCGUUGCUGAAUUGUUCAGAGUCGUAAAACCUGGCGCAUGGGUUGAACUAGUCGAGAUCGAGGCGCAAGGUUUCGGCUCGUGGAGUGUAGGCCCACAUUCAACGAAAUUGGCUUUCUUGAUUAACACGAUGUAUGAUAAGAGAGGGGUCAUCGGGGAUCUUUCGGUGUACCUUCCAUUAAUUCUCAAAGAGGCUGGGUUUGUGGAUAUAAAGUGCCAAGCGAGGCAUGCCCCGAUUGGAGGGGAGGCGGAUGCCGCUGCACCGCACAAGUUCACUCAGGUCAAAGGGUUCGAUAGCGAAAUGUGGCGAGAACUUUGGAUGGGUAUGAAGGUACCCGUGAUUGAAGCAGGAGGGUACGGGAUUGUCAAAACCGUGGAGGAAUAUGACUCGCUGGUGCAGGGGGCAGCAGCAGAAUGGAAGACUUCGAAGGAGGCAUAUACCACUUUCUAUGCCAUUUUGGCUCGCAAGCCUUAG